AUGAAAUCUCCAACAGAGAUGGAGAAACUCCUACACCCAGAUCCGUCUCUCCAGUUCGUGGUGGAGGUGGACGCCUCUGAUACAGGAGCAGGGGCGGUCCUCUCCCAGCGGGAUCCUACAUCCCUGCGCAUUCUUCUCCCGCCGCCUCAGUCCUGCAGAGAAGAACUACAACAUGGGAAAUCGCGAGAUGUUGGCGGUGGUUCUGGCACUCCAGGAGUGGAGGCAGUGGCUGGAGGGUUCCACCCAGCCAUUCCUGAACCCAUCGAUGAAGCUGCAUGACAACACAGGGACGAACUUCAGGAAACUCUGGAGCCCUUAAAGAACAAGUUGAAGGUUUCUGAACAAGUGAAAUUCACUCAAACAGCACAACACAUUAAGGUCCAGGCCCGACACACAGAGAGGCAGAUUCAGGAGCAGGUCAAGAAGUUUCACCAGUUUCUGAUAAGGGAAGAGGAGGUCAGGAUGGCUGCACUGAGGGAGGAGGAGAAGGCGAAGACUGGGAUGAUGGAGGAGAAGAUGGAGGCUCUGAGCAGAGACAUAGCAGAUCUUUCACACACAGUCAGAGCCACAGAGGACAAGCUGAGAGCUGAAGACAUCUCAUUCCUGCAAAACUACAAGGCUGCAGUGAAAAGAGUCCAGCGCUGCCUCCUGCUGGAGGAUCCACCGCCGCACUCAGGAGCUCUGAUAGACCAGGCCAAGCAUCUGGGCAACCUGAGCUUCAACAUCUGGAACAACAUGAAGGACAUGGUCUCCUACACACUUCUGAAUCUGGACCCAAACACUGCUGAUUCAAAAUUCAUCCUGUUGGAAGAUCUGACUAUCGUGAGUUUAGGAGAUGAACAGCAGCUUCCUGAUAAUCCAGAGAGGUUUGAAAAAUACAUCUGUUCUGUCCUGAGCUCUGAGGGCUUUAACUCUGGGACUCACAGCUGGGAUGUCGAGGUUGGAGACAGCAACUAUUGGUCACUGGGUGUUUUAGCCGAAUCUAUCCAGAGAAAAGGAAACAUAGGACCUGGAUUAUGGAGAAUAUUGUUCUAUAAUGAUAAAUACACAGCAGUCUCCCCAUCACAUCCCACCACUGUUCUCUCAGUGAAGAAGGACUUUCAGAGGAUCAGAGUGAAUCUGGACUGGAACAAAGAAAAGCUGUUAUUCUCAGACCUUGAUACUAAAACACACAUACACACCUUCACACACGCUUUCACUGAGAGGAUGUUUCCAUAUUUUCACACUGUCAAUAAAUUAAAGAUUUUACCAACAAAGAUCAAUAUUACUGUAGAAACAUUUGAUGACUUUGAUCAUCUGAUCAGUUGGGCGGGGCUGAUCCAGAGGAAGACGCUCCCGCAGCUGUGUCUCAUCUCCAUAAUCAACGUGCUGGAUAAAGUCACCUUCAACCUGUGCUCCAGCGCCAGUCGAUUGCCUACCCCAUGCCCUCUCCCCGCUCAAGUCUCCAUCCAGCCGUUUCAAGCUCUGCACACCAGCCUGCACACCAUCGACAUGGAUCUCACCUCCUUCCCUACGAGCACCAACACGAGAAACCACCGUCACCUGUGGCUCUCCCCUCACAGCCUGGACCCCGGAUCCCUCACCUGCCUCCUGAAUCGACUGACCAAGAAAAUGGACCCAACGAACCCCAGCACCGUCAAAGAAGCGCUCAACGCCCAAGGGAUCCUGCUUGGCAAACACGACCGCCUGUUACACAGAGUAAUGGACUCACUCGAGAGUCUUUCUCUGAAUGUCCAGGGAAUCGCUGCUCAGCUGGACCAACUGGCGGUUACCUGCACUGGAGCUUCACCUGAGCCCCCCCGUGAGUACUCCUCCUGUUCCUGCUCCCUCUUCUCCUCUGCUCCAUGA